AUGGCUUCAAACAACACUCAACUUCAAUUUCAAGACUCAUUACCUUUGAUGGCAAACAAGCUUGGUGGAGAUGGACUAAUAGACGAGCUUUGCAACGGGUUCAAUCUCUUGAUGGACUCUAGUAAAGGGGUUAUCACCUUUGAAAGCCUCAAGAGGAAUUCAUCUUUGUUUGGAUUACAGGAUUUAAGCGAUGAGGAACUGAGAAACAUGAUUGUGGAAGGUGAUUUUGAUGGCGAUGGCGCUCUUAGUCAGUUGGAGUUUUGUGUUUUGAUGUUUAGACUUAGUCCUGAACUCAUGGAUGGGUCUAAGUUGUGGUUGGAACAAAUGCUUCAACAAGAGAUGAAAGAUUUUUUCUAAUUUUUUUCUUCUGGUUUAGGGGAAUUUUAACAUUUGUAUAAAAACAAGGAAAAUGAGAAAUGUUAAUUGAUAUGAAAUGAAACAAGUGGAGACUCAUCUGAUUUUUAUUA